GAUCUGUCCUGGGAGGAUCAGGGCUACAGCUGCGUUGAUGAGCUGUAUAACGAAAUGGCCGAUAUUCUGGAUAAGAAAUUCACGCUCACCCAAAGUCUUACUUAUUUCACGAUGGGCGGAUAUAGCGAUGUGGAUACGAGUAAAUAUCGCAACGCCAUCUGGAUGUACAUUCAGUCGCUCUACGGUAUCCGUCAUGAUGACUAUAACUAUGGGGAAGUGAAUGUGAUGUUGAGCCGCGAAAUGAAGACAUUCAUCAAAACGAUCUGCUGCUUUCCGGAUCGAACCACCAGCGCUUUGCGGCAAUCCGUCAUGGUCGAUUUUAAGUCUUCCGAAAAGGUCUGA